GGUAACACGUUCCCGCCUUCGCGCUUUGGAGCCGCGUCUUCAGUCGCGUCUUUUACCAAAUCCUACUAUGAUCCCCCAGUCCGUCUUUAACUGCGUACUACGUGCAUUAUUCCGCAGGCGGUGCGACAGGCUAUCCUUUCUAGGAAACAAUAGUCAUUGUCUGACAUCGGAUAAUUCUGUCCCUCUAUUCUCCUAUGUAACAUCUAAGACAAGCUAAGCUCUUGACCCGAAUUUGUAAAGCAAACAAACAUCCAUUCAUCCCCCCCGAAGGCAAUCCUGCGCUGCGGCCAUGCCCUCCGCAACAAGUAAGCGCUCUCGUCGCGCUGCAUUCGAUGAUGACGAAGAAAACAACGAUGGGAUCGCCGUCGUCCAAGCUACAUCCAGCCUACGUAAUGAAUCUCAACGAAAGAAGGCACGAAUUUCGAAUGCCGGCCCUAGUAAGAAGUCAGCUCGGGCAUCUCGCCAAGAGAGUGUCACUAGCUCCGACGAUGAUGAGGAGAUGCAGGAGCCGGAAGAGCCCGCUGCGCCGGCUGCAACGCAGUACGAGUUGAUGCGUGAUGCCGGAUUUAGGCAUCUUGAAAAUACCGAAAUAGACGACCAACGAGCGACACAACGUCUGAAGAACCGUCCACAUAUACUGGGUGAGAAUCAGGUAGCACUCAAUGCUAUUAUUGAAAGCAUAACCUGCUACAACUUCAUGUGCCAUACGAGACUGCAUGUUCCACUGGGGCCCCUCCUCAACUUCAUCGUUGGUGAGAAUGGAAGUGGCAAGAGCGCUAUCUUAACUGCUAUUACGCUGUGCUUGGGCGGAAAAGCUAGCGCGACAAACCGUGGCGGGAGCCUGCGAAGUUUUGUUAAAGAAGGCGAAGAUCAUGCCAGCCUGGUCGUCCAGAUCAAGAAUCAAGGUCCCGAUGCAUACAAGCCUGAACUGUACGGAGAAUCGAUUACCGUAGAACGGCAUUUCAGCAAAUCCGGCUCUAGCGGUUUCAAAUUGAAGGCAUCUAGCGGCAGGAUUAUCUCCACCAAGAAGGGCGAUGUUGAUGACAUCGUCGAAUAUUACUGCCUCCAAGUCGACAACCCGUUGAAUGUGCUCUCUCAGGAUAAUGCGCGCCAAUUCCUAAAUGCUGCCACUCCCGUCUCUAAAUACAAAUACUUCGUCCAGGGUACUCAGUUGGAGCAGCUUGAUCAAGACUACCAACUUCUCCAGGAAACCCUGGAGGCGAACGAAACGAGAUUGCUUGCAUUUCAGGAGAAUAUCACGUUCUUGAAAGAGAAGAGCGAAAAGGCUAUAAAGCUAAGAGAUGCGCUCACUAAGAGCGCAGAGAUGCGUAGGCAGUCAAAGAUUUAUACAAAUCAGCUGGCAUGGGCUCAAGUCAUGGAGCAGGAGAGCAUUUUGCAACAGAAUGAGAAUGCUAUACUCGCAGCCCAAGAAGAUAUCAAUAGGAUGGAGGUGACUAUUGUAGAGAAGACAGAAUACCUCGAGACCAUUGACAACAAGGUCCGAGAAGCCGAGGAAUCCUUGAAUACCCUAAAACAAGAGGAAAGCGAGUUCAAAGAACAGGAAGAAGAAGCAAAGACAAAUUUCAACGAUGCCAGAGCAUCGAUCGAACAGACUCAUACGCAAGAACGAGACAUCCACCAAAGACUCACCAAUGCUUCACAGAAGGUCAAAGACUAUGAGAAGAAGAUACGCGAAGAAGAGCGACGUCUAGAGGAAGUAAAUGGUGGAGCCCUUGCUGAGAAGCAAAAAGAGCUAGAGGAGGCCAAACGUGCCAUAGAUAACAUCAGGGAGUCUCAGAAGUCUCAUGCCGAACAAAGCUCGCAUAUUAUCAACGAACUUAAUGAAGCCCAGAAGAAGGUACAGGAUUCGGAAGAGCUCGUUAGUCAGAAGCAACAAGAAGUUUCAACAGCUGAGUCCCGAUUACGAACGCUGUCACAAAAUCGUAGCGACCCAUUCGCCGGUUUCGAACCGCGAGUCCCUCAACUCUUGCGCCUCAUUGACAGCGACAGUGGCUUCUCACAGAAGCCUAUUGGCCCUAUCGGCACACUUAUCCAAUUAACUAAACCUAAAUGGUCGGCAAUUCUGGAAAAGGUUUUGGGGUCAGUCCUGAGCGGCUUUAUCGUCGCUAAUCGACCUGACCAAGUACGGUUAUCCUCUCACAUGGAGAGGCAAGGAAUCCGAAACUGUCCCAUCUUCAUAGGUUCGCGAGCCUCUCUCAAUAACUUGAGAGAGCCAGAUGAAAGUUUUGAUACGAUACUAAGAGUGUUGAAGUUCGAUGAUCCGCGAGUGAGAGAUCAACUGGUCAUUAAUCAGAAUAUUGAGCAAACCAUUCUGAUUGAAGAUCGAGAACAGGCGGAACGUGUCAUGUUCGACGGGCAACAAUCGGAGAACGUCGUCGCUUGUUUGUCUUUUCACGACAAGAAGAGGGGCCACGGUCUACGGCUCACCCGACGUGGUAGAAACAUUGGCACCACCCCUAUUACCCCCAAUCUUGACCAGAAGUCUCGUAUGAAGUCAGAUGACAUGGAGUCACAGAUCGAUUUCUUCAAAGAGAAUUUAGAACAACUGCGGGCGGAGUUCCGAGAUUUGGACAUGUCAAGAAGAACUCUUCAGCAGGCGGCUCAACGCUGUACCCAAGCCGUAAAUCAGCACAAGAGGCAGGGGGCUAGCUUUGAGAAAGAACUACGCAAUGCCCAAGCUCGGGUUACUCACAUUGAAGAAGAGCUUGACAAAUUUGAAGGGGCUGACAAUAAAUUGCAAGGAUAUAAGAAUGACCUCCAGGAAGCCCAAAUCCAGAAAGAUCACUAUGGCAACCAGUUUGGCGAGCUGGCCAUGCAAAAACAAGAGAUGAACAGGGAGGCCGAGAGUCUUCACGAGAUAUUCAAAAAGGCUAAGGUGGCUUUCCAGGACCAUAAAGCAAAAAUCAGCAAGGCUGAAGACAAGGUUAAGAGACUCGAGGAAACCCGACGACUUGCCCUAGGGGAGAAGAACCGAGCUCACGCCAAUAUUGAUAUGGCGAAGGCUGCAAAAGGCGAAAUGGAGAGGUCCAAGGAGAAACAAGCGGAUGUUGUUGCCGAUUAUAUUCGGCAAGCAAGCGCUGUCGCACCUGAGCGGGCUUACAUACCCGAAGGAGAGUCCGUUCGGAGUAUCGAACGCAAGUUUGAGUCGAUUAAGGAGCAGCUAAGAAAAAUCCGUGGCCAGCUGGGUGCGUCGGACGAAGAGAUUCAGAAUCGCGCGUCGCAGGCAAUUCAAGAAUACCGGGAGGCUAAGAAAAGCCAUAAGAACCUAACCUCACUGGUAGACGAGUUGAAAAAGGCCUUGAUGGAUCGGCUACGUAAAUGGAGAACGUUCCAGCGACUUAUAUCUGCACAUGCUCGAUGCAAUUUCAACUAUCUUCUGAGCGAGCGUGGUUUCAGAGGUGAGCUUUUCCUCGACCAUAAAGCCAAGAGACUCCAGGUCCAAGUCGAACCAGACGAGACGAGAAAGACCAGCUCGGGGCGAAACACGAAGACAUUGUCUGGUGGAGAGAAGUCGUUUUCUUCUAUCUGUCUCCUCCUUGCCAUCUGGGACGCGAUGGGAUCUCCACUGCGAUGCCUCGACGAAUUUGACGUCUUCAUGGAUAACGUCAAUCGUGCCAUUAGCACCAACAUGCUAAUUACCACAGCUCGUCGCUCCGUAGGCAAGCAAUUCAUUCUUAUCACUCCCAACGCCAUCGAAGGCCGAGCAAAGAUUGACAAAGAUGUCAAAAUCAUCAGACUGACCGAUCCUCGACAACGACUCAUCACGGACCAUUGAGUACACUAUUGUGAUACCACAUAGGAUUGAUUCCUGGGGCAUUCAUCCGACCAGGGGGCGUUCCGGAGUUGGCUUGGGGAGUGUAGGUAGAAGCUAGAUGGUCUGUCUAGGGACUUCGAAAAAAUUCAUGUUGAUACGGCACCAAAAGAGGUCACUGAGGAAAUUUUCAGUCAUAGACUAUCAGUAACUUCAUCGCUGUUAUGUGAGAUGAUGUAUGAAUAGUGACUAGUUGCGAAAUGCUAACUGCUUGAACCUCGGGC